GCGCCCGACUUCGCCCGUGCACUGGAGGAGCCGGAGGUAUCAUGAGGAGCUACAAGAGACUUGUGGUCACCCUUUGGGCAGUACUACAAGUCGCCCUGGUAGCCAGCAAAGCCAUCGGAGACCAACUACAGCAACCACAGACUACGCAGCCGCGAUUGAAGAGAUGGGAUGAAGGGCCCCACCAAUCCGGGGAGUUGUUUCACAAUUCCGGAGAGGACCAACACCACUCCGGGGAGUUGCUCCAUCACUCCGGGGAGGAGCAACACCACUCCGGGGAGGAGCAACAUCACUCCGGAGAGCAACACCACUCCGGGGAACUUCUGCACCAAUUUGGGGACGACCAGCAGUCAAGGGAACUGUUCCAUCACUCCGGGGAGGAGCACCAUCAUGUGGAAGAACACCACCACCACGUAGAAGAACACCACCACCACGAACCUAAGGGGUACUGGAAGAAGAAACUCAUCUGGAAACCCGACUGGCAGAAGAUAUGGAAACCCGCAUCCAAGCAGAUAUGGAAACCAGCGUGGAAAAAGAUAUACAAGCCGGAAUGGAAACCAAUUCAAGUACCUGCGUGGAAAGACAUAAAAGUUCCGGACUGGAAGAAAAUCUGGAAACCAGUGUGGAAACCGAUUCAGGUGCCUGCUUGGAAAGAAAUUCAAGUUCCUGACUGGAAAAAGAUUUGGAAGCCGGUGUGGGUCCCUACCAAAAUCCCUGGAUGGAAAGAAAUACAAGUGCCAGAUUGGAAGAAAGUGUGGAAGCCCGUGUGGAAACCGAUACAAAUUCCUGCUUGGAAAGAUAUUCAAGUUCCCGCGUGGAAGAAAAUAUGGGUGCCGGAAUUAGUCAAACAAUGGGUACCUGGGGAGAAACAUCACGGCAAAGAUCAUGACGGCUGGGAAUACACAUCCCAUGGGCUCUGGAGAAAGAAAGUGGUUUGGAAACCUGUGUGGAAAAAAAUCUGGAAAACUGCCAAGAAACAAAUCUGGAUUCCAGAUAAGAAACUCGUAUGGAAGGAAGAAUGGAAACAGAUCUGGAGAACGGAGAAAAAGCAAAUUUGGAUUCCAGACAAAAAGCUUGUUUGGAAAGAAGCGUGGAAACAGGUUUGGAGAACCGAAAAGAAGCAAAUUUGGAUUCCAGACAAAAAGCUCGUUUGGAAAGAAGCUUGGAAACAGGUGUGGAGAACCGAGAAGAAACAAAUAUGGAUACCUGAUAAGAAACUUGUGUGGAAAGAGGCUUGGAAGAAGAUCUGGGUUCCAGACUGGAAGAAAAUUUGGGUUCCUGCGUGGAAGAAGAUUUGGAAGCCAGUAUGGAUCCACGAGUGGGUUCUGAUUCCAGAACAUCAUCCUCCUCCAGACCAUCACGGCUGGGACCGCAAGGAUGACCAAGUUCCGCAAGCAUCUUCUCCUCAACAGCAGAAGCAGAAGCAGCAGCAGCAGCAGCAGCUGCCGAUAGGAGUGGCCGUGAACCAGCAGGAACCCAAUUGGAACCGCAGGCAGGACACUGUGAGACAGCGACAAGCCUGGCAGUUUCCGGGACAGUGACGUGCUUCCGGUCAGAGUCUCAAGAGUUGGUAUUUUCUGAAAGUCGACGAGAUCGACGACAAAUUCGGGGCAAGAAGGCCCCGAAGAACUGAAACUGCGAGUUGGCAAUGUAAGGAAUAAUGGGAAUUAUUCAGUCAUUUUGCCUUCAUUAGUUACAAGCUGCAGAUUCGACCAUCUAUGAUGGGGUAUCACACUGACUGGUAUAAAUUUGAGCUCAAUUUUUCUGUGCGAACACUUUAUGCAUGUCGUAAAGCAGUUACGCUAGUCGGAUAGUACAAGAAAUACCUGGUAUGUGAGAUAUUCAGGGUCUGAGGAUACACAUGUUUAACCUGUUCAUAUGAUACUGUUUAAUUUCGCUGUAAUCAAAAUAGAAGUGUGCGGUUAGUGUCAAAUUAUUACUUCCAUUCUGUUUGCUUACAGAUCACUCCAAUCACAAUCACAUCGCUUGUUCCACUGAACUAAAGUGCAGGUUACUUAAAAAUAACAUUUUAUAAGACGUGUGGACUGAAGCAUCAUACUGAAGUGGUAGAAUUUAUAAACUGUUGUCAAUCGCCGGAGACACUAUACCAAAUAUUUCUGUAAAAUUGACUACACUGUCAUCUCGGACUAACUGAACUGUAGUUGAAUGUUGUGUAUAGCAGUAGGAAUUCCAGGA